AUGCUUCGUGUUCUGUGUUUCUGCGGCUUCACAUCCAACAAGUACAUAUUCAGCCAAGAGCUGUCUCGUCUUCAGAAAGAAUGUGCUGGUCUCAUCGAACUGGUCGUACUCGAACCACCCUUCACUGUCGAACCCCCUGACAUGCCCAUCCUAAACCCCAUGAUGGAAGCCCGUCAGACGACCGGCUGGCAGGUCUCCCGCACACCUCAUGAUAUGCCUCGAGCUUGGUACGAUGGUGGAUCAGAUUGGCACGGUGAUGGAGGCUUUGGCGAGGGGUUGAACUAUGUGCGCGAGUUCAUGAUCGCAAACGGCCCUUUCGAUGGCUUCUUUGCGUUCUCUUCAGGUGCUGUGCUAGCAUCGGUCAUUGUUGGUAUGCUUGAGAAUGGUGAUCAUGGUGAUUCGGACUUUUUGCCACACCCCUCUCUUCAGCCUCUCAAGUUUUUCAUAUGCAACUCCGGCUUCUUCCCCUCUGGCAGGCACGCCCCUCAUCCCAAAUACACCCAUCUCUAUCCCCUCACGCCCAGCACUGCCACACUCCACGUGAUUGGCAAGUUUGACACUCUGCUGUCUUCGGAGGAAUGUUUGUAUCUCGCUGGGCUCUGUCCCAAUAGCAGAGUCGAAUACCACGACGGAGGUCAUCACGUACCGCUGAAAGCAGCUUGGCGUGGAUUCUACAAAGCCUGGAUGUCUUCUUUCCUCCCUGGCGGUUCCAACGGCCAAUAUAUACCUCCCGUAAAUUCCUUCUCGCCAGCCUUCAUCGCCAAGUCUCAGCUCCGAGAGUCCAUUCCUGCUCCUAUCCCUUUCAUCAAAUCUCGCACUGUCGACGCGAAUGGCUCCAGAGAGAGAGAAGACAAGACCAUUGAGAAGAAACUUGGAAAGCCUCUUCGCGUGGUCAUCCCGGCAGUCAAGCCUCCGCCUUGGACGAGUACAGAUGUUCCUAUCAGACUUGUCAUGGCACCCCGGGCGGCGAAGGAAAGGGUAGACACCGUUACGGUGUAUGGAGGUAUGGGUCGGAUCCAGAGUUGA